ACAGUUGAAAAGUUUGGUGCUAUUGAUAUCCUGGUUUCAAAUGCGGCUGUAAAUCCAGCAGUUGGAGGAGUCCUCGAUUGUCCAGAACCAGUUUGGGACAAAAUCUUUGAAGUGAAUGUCAAAAAUGCUCUUCAGUUGUCACAGUUGGUUGUCCCUCACAUGCAGAAACAGAAAGGAGGAGCCAUUGUUUAUGUGUCUUCCAUUGCGGGUUUCCAUCCUAUGACUUUACUUGGAGCAUACAGUGUAAGCAAAACUGCUCUUUUGGGACUGACAAAAGCUGUUGCUCAGCAGGUUGCAUCAGAUAAUAUACGUGUCAAUUGUGUAGCGCCAGGAAUUGUCAAAACUAAAUUUUCAUCAGCGUUGGUUGACAAUGCUGCAGUACUUGAAAAAGUAACAGAACAAGUGCCUUUAGGAAGAAUUGCUGAACCCCAUGAGAUGGCUGGAGUAGUGUCCUUCUUGUGUAGCGAUGAUGCAUCCUACAUAACAGGAGAGACCUAUAUUGCUGCUGGUGGGAUGCCAUCGAGGCUAUAAUAAUCCUAGUGAGUUGCACAGUAUUUUGAAAUUGUUGUUAAUCACAGGUUUUUUGAAAAAAAAUAUUAUGAUCUUAUUGUAUCAUUAGUGAUCAUGUUACUUUGUUUAUAGGGUUAAAAUAAAAAAUCUAACAAAUCUGUAUUUUAAAAAGUUUUAUUUUUUAAAAGUAAUAGGGUAAAAUAAAACAGACUGUAAAUAUA